AUGCAGGACGCUAGGACCAGUGACAGCAUAGCGGCCCGUCAAUGCUGGGAGUGCUUCAAACGCCGCCUGGUGUGCGAUCGCACCCUGCCGCUCUGCAGGAAAUGUACCAAGACGGGUAAGGAAUGCCCAGGAUAUAACGACCAGAAGCCGUUGCAAUGGGUCGAACCAGGGCACGUGACGAUUCGUCCGAAGAAGAAGAAGAAGGAAUGCGGGCCACCAACAUCCGCCAUCAGAACAGGGACUUCCGGAAGACCCACGCGUGUCACUCCAAAUGGACCCGUUGCUACUCCUGGGGUGACUAGAGAGACGGGUCUAUUAGAGCUGCUCGGACAAGGAGGGUGCUCGUUGCUGGUCUCCGAAGAGCUUCAGCUUACCCCGGAAGAGGUCGAACUAUCCAAAUGCCAACUUGCCAACCCAUUGGUGCAAAAUGACAAGCCAUCAUGGUGGCGCAAUUCUGGAGUCGAGAAGCCGGUCGAACCCAUUGAGCUAAUAGCUGCAGACUCCGGGGCGGGCUGUGGGGUGGGCGAACGCAUCAUGUGCAUUGGCAACAAAGACCAGAUCAAGGAAGUGGUAGAAAGAGGCCAGCACUGGGAAGCCGCACUACUUUUGCAGUCGAAUCAGAGGCCUCUUGCGAGGAUACAGAGACUGCUGCAGAUUAUGGAGAUGAACAGACUUCCAUCGUACGAUUUCUUGUCGGAUGAGACACACGACGUGGUACAAGCUAUCAAUUACUGUAUGUGCGCAAAGCUCAACUGA